UGGUGACAAGGUACUGUGGGUGACAGAGAUGGGCUGUCACUGGCUGACAGUCACUGUGGGUGGCAGGAGGUGUGGCUGUCACCAAGAGUGAUGAGGGCAAUGGGUGACAUGGGACAGGCUACUGGUGUGGGUGACAAUGUCUGGGGGUAACAAAGACUGUCAUCCUGGUGACAAUGGCCACGGGUGACAGUGGCCACGGGUGACAGUGGCCACGGGUGACAGGACAGGGUGUCACUGUGGGUCAUGGUUGUCGUGGGUGACAGGCUGUCUUUCAGGGUGACAGUGGUCCUGGGCGACAAGGACAGGUUUUCACCGUGGGUGAGACUGGCUGCGGGUGACAGGGACAGGCUGUCUCUUAGGCUGAUGAUUGCCUCCUGUGGUGCCAGUUGCUGUGGGUGACGGGGACAGGCUGUCUCUCAGGGUGACAGAGACAGGUUAUCACUGUGAGUGGUGGUUGCUGUGGGAGACAGGCUGUCUUUCAGGGUGACAGUAGCUGUGGGUGACAGGAGCAGGGUGUUGCUGUGGGGGACAGUGGCCGUGGGUCACAGGGACAGGCUGUCUCUCAGGGCGACAGUGGCUGCGGGUGCAGGGACAGGCUGUCGCUGCGGGUGGUUGUUGCCGUGGAUGACAGGCUGCCUCUCAGGGUGACGAUGGCCUCCCGCGGUACCGGUUGCCAUGGUGACGGCGACAGUCCCUCCCGUUCCCCCGGCAACAGCCGGCGGGAGACGGGAAGGGGGCGGGGCGCAACGCCACCUCCCGCCCGUCCUCCCGCCCCGCCGUGGCGCCGCGCGCGCGGAUUGGCGGAGGGGCGCGGGGGCGGGGCGAGGCGGGCGGCGGGCUCUGGAAGGUUCCGCCAUCGCCUCAGAGGAGCGGCGGCGGCGGCGGGGGGCGGCGGGAUGGGGAAGGACUAUUACCGCACGCUGGGGCUGUCCCGCGGCGCCUCGGGGGAGGACGUGCGGCGGGCCUACCGCCGGCAGGCCCUGCGCUUCCACCCCGACAAGAACAAGGAGCCGGGGGCCGAGGAGCGCUUCAAGGAGGUGGCCGAGGCCUACGACGUCCUCAGCGAUCCCAAGAAGCGGGAGAUCUUCGACAAGCCUGAAAGGGGGAGCCCCAACCUCUGGCCCGGGGGGUUCCAAUGGACCCACGUUCACCUACACCUUCCGGGGCGACCCCCACGCCAUGUUCGCCGAAUUCUUCGACGGUCGCAACCCCUUCGACACUUUCUUCGUCCAACGCAACGGGGAUGAUGAGGACGGUGACGAUACCUUCACCACCUUCCAUGUGGGAGGUUUCAGUAGCGUCGGCUUCCCCCGGGGUCGCGGGGGGCCGGAAGGCACCUGCCGUAAGCAAGACCCCCCGGUCCUCUACGACCUGAAGGUCUCCCUGGAGGAGAUCUACACCGGUUGUACCAAGAAGAUGAAGAUCUCCCACAAGCGUCUCAACCCUGACGGGAAGACGGUGCGUAACGAGGACAAGAUCCUCACCAUCGAGGUGAAGCGGGGUUGGAAGGAGGGCACCAAGAUCACCUUCCCCAAGGAGGGCGACCAGACCCCCAACAACAUCCCCGCCGAUGUCGUCUUCGUUCUCAAAGACAAACCCCACGGCGUCUUCCGCCGGGAGGGCUCGGACAUUGUCUACCCAGCAAAGAUCAGCCUCCGUGAGGCCCUCUGCGGCUGCACGGUCAACGCCCCCACGCUGGACGGCCGCACCAUCCCCAUGGUCUUCAAGGAUGUGCUGAAGCCGGGGGUGAAGCGGCGCAUCCCGGGCGAGGGGCUGCCCUACCCCCGCACCCCCGACCAGCGCGGGGACCUCAUCAUCGAGUUCGAGGUCAAGUUCCCUGACAGGAUCCCCCCCUCCUCCAAGACCCUCCUGGAACAGAUCCUGCCCGUCUAGCCCCCGCCAAACCCAGUCUGGGGGGGCUUGGGGGCAGGGUCACAUCUUUUGGGGACCACAGCGGGGGGGUGGGGGCCUGCACGUGGUCUGCUGGGCUGAGGCAGCCCCCCCCCAAACAUCUCUGGGCUUGGAGGGGGUGUGUCUUGGUGUCCUCACCCCCCCAAUCUUGGGGGUCAUGGGGUGUCCUUGGUGCACCCCCACCCCAUCUUGGGGGGGGGUCUGGGGGCGGUGAGGUGCCCUCAUCCCCCUGUCUGAGAGCUUGGAGGAGUCAUGGGGUGUCUGUGAUAUGUGUGCCCCCACCCAUCUUAGGGGUCAUGGGGUGUCUGUGAUGUGUCCCCCUCCUCAUCUUGGGGGUCAUGGGGUGUCCUUGGUGCCCCCCCCACCUCAUCUUGGGGGUCCAGGGGUGUCUGUGUCCCCCCCACCAUCUUGGAGCUCUAGGGGCCCCAGGAUGUCCUCAUCUCCGCAGCCCAUCUUGGGGGUCCUGGGGUGUCCUCACCCCCCAUCUCUGUGCUCUGGGGGGUUUUGGGGUUCCUCACCCCCCCAUUUUGGGGCUCUGGGUGUCCUUGUCCCCCCAUCUCUGUGCUCUGGUGGCCCUGGGGUGUCCUUGUUUCCCCCCCCCAUCUUGGGGCUCCCAGUGUCCUUGUGCAUCCCCCCCAUCUGGGGGUUCUGGGGUUCGUGGUGUCCUUGUCUGUGUGUCCCCCCCAUAUUCUGGGGGUCCCUGGGUGUCCUUUCCCCCCCCCCCAACCCCCCAUGCUCUGUGGGUCCUGGGGUGUCCUCGCUCCCCUUGUUUUGGGGCUCCCCCUGUCCUUGCUCUCCCCAUUUUGGGGAGGGGUCCCCUUCUGGUGGCUGGGGGGGUCCCGGGGUGCCCUCAUCCCUCCCCAGUCCCCCCCCCAUGGACAGCAGGGACCCCUCCCGGGGUUGGGA